UCCUAUUUGAGGCUGUGACGGAAAGGAGACCCAGCAGGGUUGAAGCAGAGACUCUCUGCCCUGGUGGUGACAGCGCCCAGCUCUGUCCACUCUGCUCUGCUCCCUGCUGCCUGUGCACCAUGGGCACCGUCUUGAGCCUUUCACCCAGUUACCGGAAAGCCACCCUCUCCGAGGAUGGUUCAACCACAGUGGGGCAUUAUACUGCAGUCCAGAACAGUAAGAAUGCCAAGGAUAAGAGCCUGAAGCGCCAUUCCAUCAUUUCAGUGCUGCCUUGGAAACGCAUCGCAGCUGUAUCUGCCAAAAAGAAAAACUCCAAGAAGGUGCAGCCCAACAGCAGUUAUCAGAACAACAUUACACACCUCAACAAUGAGAACCUAAAGAAAUCUCUGUCUUGUGCCAAUCUGUCCACCUUUGCCCAGAACCAGGGUGGUCAGCCUACAGCUCCAAGCCACCAGAUCUCCAGCUCCAAGGGCACCGUUUCUUCUGUCAAGAAAACACCUCACCCCAGCUGCAACUCAUCUGGCACCCCCAAGAGGGUCCUUGUCCAAGCCUCAACCAGUGAGCUACUAAGAUGCUUGGGGGCAUUCCUUUGUAGACGCUGCUACAGGCUGAAGCACCUUUCUCCCACCGACCCAGUAUUGUGGCUCAGAAGCGUGGACCGAUCUCUCCUCUUGCAAGGCUGGCAAGACCAAGGCUUCAUCACUCCAGCCAACGUGGUCUUUUUGUACAUGCUUUGCCGGGAUGUCAUUUCAUCUGAAGUAGCCACGGACCAUGAUCUUCAGGCUGUCUUACUUACCUGCCUCUAUCUCUCCUAUUCCUACAUGGGCAAUGAGAUCUCCUACCCACUCAAACCCUUUCUGGUAGAGAGCUGUAAAGAGGCAUUUUGGGAUCGUUGCCUCUCCAUCAUCAACCUCAUGAGUCCCAAAAUGUUGCAAAUCAAUGCUGACCCACACUAUUUCACUCAGGUCUUUGCUGACCUGAAGAACGAGAGCAGCCAAGAAGAGAAGAACCGGCUGCUCAUUGGCCUGGAUCGGUGAGCUAAAACUCCCCCUCAUUCACCCUUUCAUUUAUCUUGUUUUUAUGUUAUGUUUCUUUUCCAUACAAGCCAGGACACAUAGGUGAGACUGGACAGGCCUGAAAGAA